GCAGCACUGGGCUGUCGUGCAGCACAGGUGCUGAUGCAGUACUGCAUCCUGGCCAACCACUACUGGUUCCUGGUGGAGGCUGUCUACCUCUACAAGCUGCUGAUCGGCGCAGUCUUCUCUGAGAAGAAUUACUACCGGCUGUACCUGUAUCUGGGCUGGGGGACCCCCGUGGUGUUUGUGGUGCCCUGGAUGGCCGCCAAGUACCUGAAAGAGAAUGCAGAGUGCUGGGCACUGAACGAGAACAUGGCCUACUGGUGGAUCAUCCGCAUCCCCAUCCUGCUCGCCUCCAUGAUCAACCUGCUGAUCUUCAUGCGGAUCCUCAAGGUGAUCCUGGCCAAGCUGCGCGCCAACCAGAAGGGCUACGCCGACUACAAGCUGCG